UUCAAUCCAGCGAGGCUUCCCUAGUUGUUUAUCAGAAGUAAACUUUGCAAGACAAAGAAUGAGUCUCUCCAUUUAAUAAAAAAAUUCUAUUUGAGGAGAAACUUGUUUCGUAUUUAGUGGGAUAAAUUUUUAUAUCUCUCUUUCUCCAAAUGAAAUGCUCAAUCAAAUAGAGAGGAUCAUAAUUUAUACCUUUUAAGAACCAUUACUAAAAGUCCUCUUCUACAAAAACCAUGAGCAGAGGAAAAUCAUUCUGCUUUGCGGAAUCAAUAUCACUUGUAUGCUUCCUCCAAAUUGUUAUGCUGCUACCGCAUCAUCAUCAUCAAACAUGUCAUGCAAUCGUUAAUAACAAAACAUUUUGUCCAACUUCUUCAUGCGGUAAAAUCAGCAACAUAAAACAUCCAUUUCGACUUAAGAAUGACCCAGCGACCUGUGGGGAUCCGAGCUACGAGUUAUCCUGCGAAAACAACAUCACAACCUUAAAUCUGUUUUCAGGUAAGUACUAUGUGUUGGAAAUCAACUAUAAAAACUACACAAUUAGGUUAGUUGAUGCCGGGUUGCAAGAGGGUGAUUGCUCCUCCAUUCCUCGUUACUUCUUAACCACAUCCAACUUCUCAAGUUUUUACUUUAGUAUCAACGACGGCGAACCAUAUCAAACCAAUUAUCUGCCUGGGUACAUAAUAUACUUGAAGUGUAGCAAAUCAGUGAAUGAUGAUCCUGAGUACGUGGAUACCGCUCCCUGCAUCAGCUCGGACUCCAAAAGCCAUGUUUACGCUUAUGCCGGGGGAUACUUGACAGUUGGGAAAUUAAAAGAUUAUUGCAAAGUGAUGCUUGUAGCUAUGUCAUCCUCAGAUUUUCAUAGUGUCAGUGUUAGAGAAGGUGUACCAGAUCGACCCCUUUCAUACGAGGAGGAUAUUCAUGCAAUGCUACUCUAUGGAUUUGAGUUAUCUUGGAUCAGCGGUGCUUGUAGGGAAUCUUGCGGCGAUAACAUGGGGUGCAACUUGAACUACACGACCGGAGAUCUUGAAUGUUAUAGAGACUUCAACCGAUUUCGAUAUUGCCAUUAUCCAUUCAGAUUUCAAUCGAUCAAUUGCAACCAAAAAAUAUCAAAGCUGGUCAUAUUAGUGGAAGAUAUUAUACUUGGCAUUAUUAAAGGAGCAUUACAAGUAAUUGGCACGAAAAAAACCUAUGCAUUUUCCGAGGAAGAUAUUUCUCUUUCUAAAAUUGGCAUUGAGAUAGGAAGAGUCACAGGAAGAUAUAUCUUGCCAUCACUUAUAGUGAGAUUUUCAUUGGGAUUCAUUGUUUUCUUUGUUCUAUUGAUAUAUACAUGUCGAAGCAGACAUAACUCAAUUUACGAAAAUAUUGAAGUUUUUCUUCGUGGAAGUACCUUGAUGCCAAUAAGGUAUUCAUACAAAGAAAUAAAAAAGAUGACUAGAGGUUUCAGAGACAAGUUGGGUGAAGGUGGUUUUGGUGCUGUUUAUAAAGGAAAGCUAUGCAGCGGGCCAUUUGUGGCCAUAAAGAUGUUGGGUAAAUCUAAGAGCAAUGGACAAGAUUUUAUUAAUGAAGUGGCAACCAUAGGAAGAAUACAUCACACCAAUGUAGUUCGACUUAUUGGAUUUUGUGUUGAGGGAUCAAAGCGUGCUCUUGUUUAUGAAUUCAUGCCCAAUGGUUCUCUUGAUAAAUAUAUUUCUUCUAGCGAGGAUGCUAUCUCUCUAACUUAUAAGCAAAUGUAUGAGAUAUCUCUUGGAGUUGCUCGUGGUAUGGCUUACUUACAUCAAGGAUGUAACAUGCAAAUUUUGCAUUUUGACAUCAAGCCCCAUAACAUCCUUCUUGAUGAGAACUUUAUCCCCAAAGUUUCCGACUUUGGUCUUGCAAAGCUUUAUCCUAAUGAGAUUAGUAUUGUCACUUUAACUGCAGCAAGAGGAACGAUUGGAUACAUGGCUCCUGAAUUAUUCUACAAAAAUAUUGGAGGAGUUUCGUAUAAGGCCGAUGUAUAUAGCUUUGGAAUGCUUUUGAUGGAAAUGGCAAGUAAGAGAAGAAAUUUAAAUCCACAUGCGGAUCGUUCAAGCCAACUUUUCUUCCCUUUUUGGAUUUAUAAUCAAUUGAUUGAAAAAAGGGAGAUAGAGAUGGACCAAAUUAGUGAUGAGGAAAGAAAUAAUGUGAAUAAAAUGUUCAUAACUGCAUUAUGGUGUAUUCAAUUAAAACCAAGUGAUCGUCCUUCAAUGAACAGAGUGAUAGAGAUGCUUGAAGGAGAUAUUGAGAAUGUUGAAAUGCCUCCAAAGCCCUCUUUGUAUCCAAAUGAAAUGAUUGAGGAAGACCUUGACGUCAACUCUAAUGAAACUGAAUCUGAAAAUGAUGGCUCUAUUAGUUUCAUUGAAUAAGAUACAACAAAGUCUCUGUUGAUGAAUUCUGCUUAAUAGUUUCUAGUACUUCAUUUGCUUUCAGAAGUACAUUUAUGUUAUAUACGGAAGAAUUUAUAUAGAAAAGAGUCCAUCAUAUAACAUGCAUUAUAUAUGUCAUGACUUAUUACUGCUUGCUGAAUAGUAUGAGUUGAUUUACGAGAAACAAGAAGAGUUGAUUAUAUUGUGUUGAUUUGAGA